UCAAAAACACAUGCAUGAAUGAUGUAUGCUUAAGGGGAACAUUUAAUCAAACAGGUAACAAGCAAGCCCAGCAGGCGCAUCAGUUCCAUGGCCGAUGCUGGCCAGUCCUCUGAGCCGAAGCAGCUUUAGACCAAACAAAAACCAACCGGGCAACGAAACUAUGCUUAGCAGGUUGUCAAGGCACUAUUUUUGCAGCAUUUCACCUCAGCCAUGGCUCUUUGUGGGCUUGGGGAAUCCCGGUGAUAAAUUCAAGGGAACAAGACAUAAUGUAGGGUUUGAAAUGAUCGAUGCAUUUGCAGAGGCAGUAGGGAUUCCAAUGGACAUGGUUCACUGCAAAGCUGUAUUUGGAAAAGGUUUUGUAAAUGGCGUCCCUGUUUUCCUUGCAAAGCCCCAAACAUACAUGAAUCUCAGUGGUGAAUCUAGUGGUCCACUUGCAGCAUAUUAUAAGCUUCCUCUCAAUCGUGUCAUUGUGUUUCAUGAUGACAUGAACUUGCCAUGUGGCGUACUUCGUCUUCAUCACAACGGGGGCCAUGGAAGUCAUAAUGGGCUGAAGAGUGUAAUACAUAAUUUUCGAGGAAAUACGCUGUUUCCUAGAUUGAGAAUAGGUAUUGGCAGGCCUCCUGGUCAAAUGGAUCCAAAAGCAUUUUUGCUGCAAAAGUUUAAUGCGGCUGCUAGGGAACGGAUUGAUGCUGCACUAAAGGAAGGGGCUUACGCAUUGGAACAAGUCUUGUCUAAAGGCCUCACAGAAACAGCAAGAUGCUUCAACACAGAUCAGAAGUACAAGCAUAUAAGAUUGCAGACUAUGCCUACAUAACAAGUCCUUGUACCAGUAUCUUUUUCCCGAGUAGCAUGUGACUUUUAUUACAGAGUUACAGUGUAUAGACAGUUUACUAGCUACAUCUGUAUCAGAAUUUAAGGUGACCAGCAUUCUUUGGCAGCCUAUCCUCUAUAGACAUUUACCCCUCUUAAACUGUAUGUAUUUCAAUCCAAAAAUUACCGCUAGAAAUAUGAUAAUUAAAUAGAAGAGGCACCUGUUAAUUCUUUUUAAA